AUGUCUAGGAUGCAGGUCCAACCACCACCUAAUUCCCCCGCUCUCGUCCACUCUCGCACCAUAGACGUAUCUACGCUCUCCGCCACUUUUCCUAACAUCAUACUUGCCCCGAAAUCCGAAGAAUACAAGACAAGCAACGCCGGUUGCUUUACCCUUUUCGAGAGCGAGAUUGAACCCGCUUGCAUCGCUCGCUCAAGAACUGUCGAGGAACUAAGUAGCUUCAUUAGACAAGUUGUGUCUAUUCCCGACGGUGAUGCGGCGAAUAUCGAGGGUGGUAUCACUAUUGGAUUAGCGCACUUUAAGGGGGUCGAAAUCGAUGAGGAGAGCAAGAAGGUAGCAAUCGGAGUAUAUGAGAAAUGGGGAAACAUGUAUGGGAAAUUGGUAUCGCGCGGAAUGCCCUAUUUUUCGCGCAAAACAGACUUCGUGUGCGACAACGUAGUCAACUUCUCCGUCGUCCUUGCUUCCGGAGAAGUUGUGCAGGCCAACGCACAAACCAACCCUAGUCUAUUCCAAGCACUUAAAGGUAGCUCAAACAACUUUGGAAUUGUUACCCACAUCACACUACCCAUUUUCUCACGAGACAUUCUCUAG